GGACCCACCGCCCGUAGCCCAGCAAGUCGGAAGCCCACUACCGCAGCGCCGCCCCCCAAAAUUUCGCCGUCUCACUCCACGCCGUCCUCCGCCGCCGCCAUCCUGCCGUGGCCGGCCACAUGUGGGAGCGCGGCAGGCUACCCCGCAAGCCGCGCCAGUCCCCAAUCGUCGUGCCGCCGCCGCCGUCUCCGCCGCCUCCGCCCCGGCUCCUCGCCUUCCUCCUCCCUAGAUCCCUCCUCGCCCUCGCCGCCCGCGGCAUGCCGUCGCGGCGCCCGUCUCCCCUGCUGCUGCUCCUACUCGCGCUCGCGCUCGCCUUCAUCUUCCUCCUCCUCUCCCCGUCCUCGCCGUCCGCCUCCCACCUCUCCAGCUCCCUCGCCGCCGCCGCCGCCUCCUCCGUUUCCACUUCCGCGUCAUCUUCCCCCACCCCCGUCAAGAUCUACAUGUACGACCUGCCCGCCAAGUUCACCUAUGGCGUCGUCCGCAGCUACAUGGCCGCGCGCGCCCGCGCGGGGCCGGCGGGCGCGGCCUCGGCGAUGCCCGACGACGAGCUGCGGUACCCGGGGCACCAGCACUCGGCGGAGUGGUGGCUCUUCAAGGACCUCAGACGCCGGGGGCCGCGCGACCACCCUGUGGCCCGCGUGGACGAUCCGGCCGAGGCUGACCUCUUCUACGUGCCCUUCUUCUCCUCCCUCAGCCUCGUCGUCAACCCCAUCCGCCCCUCGACGGCCGCCGCCAAUGCGUCCAACGUGGCGGAGCCCCUGUACAGCGACGAGUCUAUGCAGGAUGAGCUGUUGGAGUGGUUGGAGCGGCAGCCGUACUGGCGACGGCACCGGGGGAGGGAUCACGUGUUCAUCUGCCAGGAUCCGAACGCGCUCUACAGUGUGGUGGAUCGGAUCAGCAAUGCGGUGCUCCUGGUCUCCGACUUCGGGCGGUUGCGUAGUGAGCAGGCAUCUCUCAUCAAGGAUGUUAUCCUGCCCUACUCUCACCGCAUCAACUCCUUCCAAGGUGAUGUAGGGGUCGACAGCAGAUCCUCACUACUAUUCUUCAUGGGGAACCGGUACCGAAAGGAGGGUGGGAAGGUGCGUGAUACACUGUUUCAAGUUCUUGAAAACGAGGCAGAUGUAAUCAUAAAACAUGGAACCCAAUCAAGGGAGAGUAGGCGUAUGGCUACACGGGGAAUGCAUUCAUCCAAAUUUUGCCUUCAUCCUGCUGGUGAUACUCCUUCAGCAUGCAGACUGUUUGAUGCACUUGUCAGUUUAUGUGUUCCUGUUAUAGUCAGUGAUUAUGUUGAAUUACCAUUUGAAGAUGUUAUAGAUUACAGUGACAUAUCAAUAUUUGUUGAGACAAGCAAGGCUGUGCAGCCUGGAUACUUAACUUCAUUACUUCGUGGAAUCAGUUCACAGAGGAUUAUAGAGUACCAGAGAGAAAUAAAAAAGGUAAAACAUUACUUUGAGUAUGAAGAUCCGAAUGGACCAGUGAAUGAGAUAUGGCGUCAAGUUUCUUUGAAGGCACCAUUGAUCACGCUGUUGAUUCACCGAGAUAAACGCCUAGUUGAAAGAGGUCCCAAUGGAACAAAUUGCUCGUGCAUCUGUUCGACCCCGAAGGAACUGUUAAGUAAAUAAGAUGAUUUCGCAUCCUGGACGAACCCAAAUUUUGUGGACGACCCUUCUGAUUGAGGACAUGACCUAAAUUUUGGCGGAUGCUGAGCUCUGUAAUUAUGUACAGCGAAGAUCCUAACAAUUGUUUUGAACGCUAAGCGCCCAUUUCCUGCUGAUUUUCUUCAAUUUUCAGUAGAUAUUAGAAUGUUGUCAACAAAAUAGAACACCACUGGUGCCACUGGCUAAAGAGGAGUAUAUCAGGGAGUAUUAUUUCUUUUGUAUGUAUGUGAGAUAUAUAUCCUUCUUUUGAAAUGGAGCUGGGGGAACUAAUAUAUACAUUCAUGCAAGCAAGACAAACAAGAGAGCCAGCUUAUAGAGCGUCCUGGAGAGGUGCGAGGCCUAGUAUAUUU